AUGCGAGAGGCGGAGCUCAAGAACUUUGACGACAACAAGGAAAACAUCGAUCCUGACGAUUUGAACAGGGCUAAGAUUGGCCGUAUGAGUUCCGACGGACAGUUCUUGUCAGAUCCGUGGAGCAGCUUUAGAGCUGAUGAUGAGCCAUUUGGCUACAAAGUGCUGGAUUGCGAGGUGUGGUGA